CAGCUUCGCCGCAGACCGAGAGGUCUUCCCUUCUCUCUCCUUCCUUAGGGCUCAUUAGCAAAACCGUGCGGAAAAUCACCGUCUCUUUCUCCGCCCCAUUUUUCCGUCCUCCUCCUCCUCCUCCUCCCCUCCGCCUGAACCCGAGCGAGCGAGCGAGCGAGAGCGAGAGGGGGAAGCGAGCUUCUGAUCUCCGGCCAUGGAUAUGCAGAACGACUUCGAUCGCAUCCUCUUCUUCGAGCACGCCCGCAAGACCGCCGAGGCCACCUACGCCAAGAACCCCCUCGAUGCCGACAACCUGACGAGGUGGGGAGGAGCCUUGCUGGAGCUGUCUCAGUUCCAGAGCGUGCCGGAUUCCAAAAAAAUGAUCCAAGAGGCUAUUUUGAAACUUGAGGAGGCACUCCAGGUGAACACUGCCAAGCAUGAUACUCUUUGGUGUCUUGGGAAUGCUCACACUUCCCAUGCAUUUUUGACUCCGGACCAAGAUGAGGCUAAGGUUUCCUUUGAUAAGGCAACUGGCUAUUUUGAGCAGGCUGUCGCUGAGGAUCCUGGCAAUGAGCUGUAUGCCAAGUCUCUGGAAGUGGCUGCUAAGGCCCCGGAGAUACACAAGGAGAUCCACAAGUCUGGGGGAAUAGCACAAGAGGUUGCAGCUGCUGGGCCUUCGUCUUCUUCUGGUGGCAUGAAGGGAUCAAAGAAAAAGAAGACCAGUGAUCUCAAGUAUGACAUAUUUGGCUGGAUCAUCCUUGCUGUCGGCAUUGUUGCCUGGGUUGGGUUCGCGAAAACUCACAUGCCCCCACCGCCUCCUCCCCCGCGAUGAGUGAAGUGUAUAUCUGUGCCCGUGGAGAAGAUUAAGCAUCCAUCAGAAGUUCGUGCUGAUGUAUGCGCAAUGGCGCGGCGUUCUUCCCAUUGUUCUUCCCCAUCUAGCGCCUUGCUUCCUUUUUUCAAAGAAUUAAUCUUGUCUCUGCGACUUUAAUUAGUAUUUGAGGUUUUAUUGGGCUUUUUGGGUUGAUUCAAUGUCAACGAGAGGGGAGAGCACAUUCAGGUAGUAGGUCUGUGCGUACCAUUGAGAUUGGUCUUUUGAACUCGUUUUGGCCGCAUGGUUUUAUAGGUAUUUGAUCAUAUUUUCGUUCCUUUUAUCAA